AUGGCGAACCCAAUAGGCGAAGAGAAUUGGCUGGCCUACCUCGAGGAGGUCGUCCGCAACGCCUCCGACCUCGAGCAGCGAGUCAACGCCGUCGAGCACUACAAGCACGCUAUCAGCUCUGAGCCCGGCAGCCUGCGCAUUUGGCUGGCCUACUGCAACUACUUUUGGUCCUUGUGGGAAGCUACCCAGAUCUCUACAGGAGAUGGCUGGUCUGAUGAGGAACGCAUGCUCGGUCGUGAGCUCUUCACAUUCAACGCUGCUCUCGAUCUGUGGCAGCAAGGAUAUGUAGCUAUUCGCUACCGUCUCGGCGAUAGCCACUUGCUCUGGGAUCGUUGGAUAUCACUUGAGAUGGAGUUACUGGCCAAGACCAAAACACCCGAGGGCAUCAAGCGCAUCACUCAUCUGUACCGUGAUCGAUUGCUAACUCCUCACCUCACCUGGGAGGAGACUUCACAGAACUUUUCGCAUUUCCUCACAGAAUACAACUAUGCUGCGUACGAGGAUUCCAUGAAGGAUGUUACCACUAACGCCCAGGAGACGAAACGACUGAUCGCCGCGCGUGACCCAUACGAGACUGCCUUGAAGAAAGCUGUAGACGCCGGUGACAUCGAAGCUCAAAAAGCUGCUUUCAACACUUAUCUCGAAUGGGAAAUGCUUCAGAGCAAGCGCAGCAACGACAACCCCGAAAUUGGAAUUGAUCUAUGCCGUGGACUAUAUGCUCGUGCUCUCACCGGUGCUCUCGCUACAGACCAAAACACUUGGUACGAGUAUGUCGUCUUUCUUUCUUCGUCGAACACCGAGCUGCAAGCGCCAAGCAGCCUCCACGACGUGCUGCAAAGAGCCGUUCAACAUUGCCCCUGGUCUGGUCUUCUUUGGAAUCGAUACAUUAUGUGCGCUGAGGAGGCCAAACGUCCUUUCAGUGAGGUCGAAUCUAUCAAACAUGCCGCAACAAGUGAAGAUCAACUGCUCAAGGAUGGCAUGGAGGGCAUGAUCGAAAUGUACGUAGCGUGGUGUGGUUUCUUGAAACGCAACGCUAUGGACGCUACCGCAUCUGACGAAGCCGUCGAUGUCGCUGAUGUCGGCCUGGGUGCGGCCCUUGAGGAUGUGUCGGUCGUCGGACAGCGACUUUACGGCAAAGAUUUUCAAGGUGAUCCUAAAUUUCGACUCGAGCGCAUUUAUAUCCAGUACCUUACGGAGAAGAAGGGCGCCGUAGAUGAGGCACGAGCACAGUGGAACAAGUUGGCUUCCCUGCAGAUCCACGCCGACAAUCAUGACUUUUGGUUCCGGUAUUACAUGUGGGAAAUGCUCAUUUUCUCUUCCGCCGGUGGACAGGACAACAGAAGUCCCACGCCUUCAUCUGGCGGUGGCACUUAUCGGAUACCGACUCUUGCAACUGCAGUUCUGGCUCGUGCUGUUGCUCGCAGAACCAUCGAUUGGCCUGAGAAGGUCCUAGAAGUCUAUAUGCAACACUGCAACGAUUACGAGAUGCCACUGCCUUUACGAAAGGCUGCUGACCGGAUACACAAGACCGGGAAAGAAGUAAAAAAGCGCAGGGAGCGCGAGGAUCAAGAGAAGGCAGCGGCCUAUGCUGCUUACUACACUGCUCCAGAGCCCGAUGAGCCGGAAGUCAAGUCACCAGGUGGCUCAAAGCGGAAAAGGGGCGCUGAAGCCGAUCCCACGGACGAGCCUGAAGGCAACAGCAAACGUCAAAAGAAUGAACCCAAUGGAGCAGGACCUAAAGAAACCACUCCAGUACAGCCUCUAAAGAGGGAUAGAGAGAACGCCACGAUAAUUGUUUCCAAUCUCCCUGGAGACGUUACACAGACCAAGGUUCGACAAUACUUCAAAGAUUACGGUCACAUCAACAAUGUCACAGCGUUGGUGCGUGACGAAAAAACUGGUUCUUCAACAGCACUUAUCGAAUUCAGCUCCGUCGAAGAGGCUCAGUCCGCCUUACUGAAAGAUGGCAGGUAUAUGAACCAGUCGCAGCUGUCUGUCAAAUCAGGACAUGAUUUGACCGUUUAUGUCACGAAUUACCCUCCUGCUGCGGACCAAAACUACAUUCGUGAUCUCUUCAAAGAUUGCGGUGAGAUCCUCAGCAUACGCUGGCCAAGUCUGAAGGUCAACACUCACCGACGAUUCUGCUACGUUUCUUUCCAAGAUCAGGAGGCAUCAGCAAAGGCCGUCAAACUUGAUGGAAUAGUGCUUGAAAAGACCUUUAAACUCGUAGUCAAGUAUUCCGACCCUGGACACAAGAAAGCUCGAGAGGGUGCUCUUGCGGAAGGUCGUGAGAUUCACAUCAACAAUUUAGAUCGAUCGACAAACGAGAAAGAGUUGAAAGAUGUUUUCUCCAAGUAUGGUAAGAUCACACGAGUCAACAUACCUUUAACUUUGGCUGGAAAGAACAAGGGCUUUGCCUUUAUGGAUUUUGAAACCAAGGAGGAGGCCGCGAAAGCUGUGGCAGAGAUGAACAACACCAAUCUUAAGGGUCACGUACUUGCAGUCGCUCUCUCCAAAGAGUCUAAGAUCAAGCCGGCAGCCAGAACUGUUGUUGCUGAUAAUGCAAGAGGCUCCCCAGCACCUUCAUCUCAUGAUGCCGAAGGCGAUCAAGCCAUGCAGGAUGCGCCCAAUGAAGCACAGCACAAACCAACUGCGGCUGAGAUCUCGGCGAGGACGAUUGCAUUGAUGGGUCUUCCUGACACCGUGAACGAUGCGCGAAUCCGAGCACUUGUCGAGCCUUUGGGCUCCAUCAUUCAAAUGACUGUGAAGCCAGGCAAUGGCGGGGCUGAGAUCGAGUUUGCCGAUGCAGCCACCGCGGGCAAGGCUAGCCUACAACUGGAUAGCAUGGAGUUUGAUGGACACAAGAUUCGGACUGGCACACCGGACGAACUUCGAAGAGCAAAGGCUGAACACGCUCCCGACCGUAUCAUCACUGGCAAGAAAAACAAGGAUCAGGAGCAGAAGGCCAAGGGGCCUGGGGGUUCGUCUACAAUGUUCAUCCCCUCUACAACCGCUGUCCGUCGCCCAGUGCUGGGGAAGCCUGGCCCACGACGUGGCCUUGGCUUCAAGCCCAGUAGUGCCAAACCUGCCCAAAACGGCGAUUCGGACACAUCAGUGAAGAAGAGCAAUGCUGACUUCAAGGCUAUGUUCCUUGCCAGUGGAAAGACUGGAGAGAAAAAGGAAGGCGAAGGAGAGGCCAAAAAGACUGAAUCAUGA